GAAAACUAUAAGGUGAACCAACGGGAAAGAUGUCCCAUGCUCUAGAUGAAUAUUGCGGGUCAACGUUUUGGAAUGCCUCUUUUUUGGACCGUCCGGAUCCGGAUUUGCCGGUGUGUGUGGAGAGAACAGUGCUGGUCUGGGUUCCACUGGGCUUUCUGUGGCUCUGCUCACCCUGGCACUUAACCACUCUCUUCAGGAAAAAGCCUCCCAAAACCCCUUUCUCCAAACUUUACAUUUGCAAGCAGGUCCUGGCAGGGCUUUUGUUCCUUACAGCCAUAGCUGGACUUUUGUUCACGCUUGCUGAAGAUUAUGGGCCAUCAAGUAACUCAUCAGCUAAGAAAAUUCCUGCAGUGCUUUAUGCUAAUCCUGUGCUGUUUGCAACCUCUUGGGUGCUAGUGCUGUUGCUCCAGGAGGCUGUGAGACGCAGGGAACGAGCUGUUGACUCCGGAAGCCUCUUUCUCUUCUGGAUGCUGAAAGUUAUAUGUGAGAUCUUCCCUUUCCAGACAAUGCUGAGAGAGGCAAUACAGCAGGAAGAGAUAUCAGAUCUGCCAAGGUUCUGUCUCUUCUACAUAACCUACGGGCUGCAGGUGGUUGCUUUGGUCUUGUCAGCCAUAGCGGAUGUUCCACUUGGUCUCAAUAAGGUGGUCAAAAAGAACCCAGAGGCAGGUGCUGCGUAUCUCAGCAGAAUUACAUUUAACUGGUUUAACUGGAUGGUCAUCAAUGGUUACAAGAGGCCCCUGGUGCAGGAAGACAUGUGGGAGUUGAAUGAAAAAGAGGCCACCAGCUACAUCAGCCAGGAGUUUGAGAAAAUCAUGAAUCAUGAGCUGAGAAAAGCUUGCAGUAGACUGGAGAAACAGCAGAAGAAGAAGAACAAUUCCAGACUGAAGUCUGAUCCUGACCAGAAUGGCAUGACAAAGGGAAUCAGUCAAGAUGUCCUUGUCAUGGAGGAGAUAGGAGACAAGCACAAAAACAAGAAUAAAAAAGAGAAAAAGAAGGAUGACUCUAACUAUCCCAAGUCCUGGCUUGUGCCUGCUGUCAUAAAAACAUUUAAAUGGGUACUUAUAGAGUCUGCUGUUUUCAAACUGAUCCAAGAUCUUCUUUCCUUUGUGAACCCGCAGCUCCUCAAGGUCAUGAUAUCCUUCACUCAGGACAAAUCCAUUUAUGACUGGCAGGGGUACCUCUAUGCAGUGCUGCUCCUAGUUGUGGCAGUUCUACAGUCUCUGUUCCUCCAACAGUAUUUCCAGCGAUGUUUUGUGCUGGGUAUGAAAGUACGCACUGGUAUAAUGGCAGCAGUUUAUAAGAAGGCUUUGGUUGUGUCUAAUGAUGCUCGGAAAGAAUCCACUGUAGGAGAGACAGUGAAUCUGAUAUCAGCUGAUGCUCAGCGCUUCAACGAUGUCACAAACUACAUCCACCUUUUAUGGUCAUGCCCACUACAGAUUAUUAUAUCCAUAGUUUUCCUGUGGGUUGAACUGGGCCCUGCUGUCCUGGCCGGAUUGCUGGUCAUGAUAUUCAUGGUUCCCAUUAAUGGAUUGCUGGCAAGCAAGUCCAAAGCCCUCCAGAUAAACCACAUGAAGUUGAAAGACAAGCGCAUGAAAAUCAUGACUGAAAUCUUGAAUGGUAUCAAGAUUCUGAAGCUCUACGCCUGGGAGUCAUCUUUUGAGGCUCAGCUUCAGGGUAUCAGAGAAAAGGAGCUAAAGGUGAUGAGGAAUUUAGCUUACCUGUCGUCCUGCUCCACCUUCAUCUUUGCCUGUGCUCCAGCUUUGGUCUCCUUGGCUACCUUCGCUGUGUUUGUGUCUGUCAGUCCAGACAAUGUCUUAGAUGCAGAAAAAGCUUUCACAUCCAUCUCUCUCUUCAACAUCCUGCGUUUUCCACUCGCCAUGCUCCCAAUGUUAAUCUCUUCUCUGGUUCAGACAGUUGUAUCUAAAAAGAGAUUGGAGAAGUUUCUUGGUGGAGAAGACCUUGACACAAUGACAGUGCAACAUGAUGACAGCUACAGCACUGCAGUAAGUGUGCGCAAUGGUACUUUCACAUGGGGCAGCGACACUGAGCCAGCUCUGAAAAAUGUGACACUGGAUAUUAAUCCGGGUCAUCUGGUGGCAGUGGUGGGAGCAGUAGGUUCAGGCAAGUCCUCGCUCAUCUCUGCUCUGCUGGGAGAAAUGCACAGCCUUUCUGGGUCCAUAAAUGUCAAGGGAUCUGUGGCAUAUGUGCCUCAGCAGGCUUGGAUUCAGAAUGCUACUCUAAAGGACAAUAUACUGUUUGGCUCUGAGCUGAAUGAGCAGAAGCUCCAGAGGGUGGUGGAGGCCUGUGCUCUGGAGCCUGACCUGGAGCUGCUUCCCGGGGGAGUCCAAACUGAGAUCGGGGAGAAAGGCAUCAACCUAAGCGGAGGUCAGAAGCAGAGGGUGAGUCUGGCUCGAGCCGUCUAUAGUUCGGCAGACGUGUACCUGUUGGAUGACCCGUUGUCUGCUGUGGACUCCCACGUGGGCAAACAUCUGUUCGAGAGAGUGAUUGGACCUGAGGGCCUGCUUAAGGAUAAAACCCGUAUCCUGGUAACCCACGGGAUCAGCUUCCUGCCUUAUAUGGAUGAGAUCAUUGUAGUGGUGGAUGGUAUUGUAUCAGAAGUUGGGUCUUACAGCAGUCUGCGGGCCAGCAAAGGCGCUUUCUCUGAGUUCUUGGACAUGUAUGCUAAAGAGGAAAGCAAUAGGUCUGAUGCUCAGAAAGAUUCGGCUGCAGAUGCUGAGCAGGUGGAUGUUGUGCCAGAGAGCCAGGACCCCCAGGCUGACAGCCCUCCUGAGGACAUGGUCUCAGUCACGCUCAAGCGGGAAAGCAGCUUGCGUCAUAGUCAGCGUCAUGCCCAGCCCAAUGGGAGCAUAAAAGUGAGAACAAGCAGCACUGCCAGAAGUACAAUAAACUUGGAAGAGUCAAAAAAAGGCCAGCGUUUGAUUGAGAAGGAGGCAAUGAAGACGGGAAAGGUGAAGUUUUCUGUGUACCUGCACUACCUGAGGGCUAUGGGUUGGUGGCAUGCCUCCACGUUCGUCAUGACGUACCUCCUCCAGAAUGUGGCCUUCAUUGGCCAGAACUUGUGGUUGAGUGACUGGACGAAUGAUUCAGAGACAUAUACCAAUAGAACCUACCCAGCUGAUAUUAGAGAUAUGAGAAUUGGUGUUUUUGGAGCUCUUGGAGUGGCGCAAGGCUUCCUGGUGUUUCUGGGCACACUAAUCCUGGCUAAUGGAGCUAUCCGUGCCUCCAGGAGUCUACACACUUGUCUACUGUUCAACAUCCUCAGAGUGCCCAUGUUGUUCUUUGACACCACACCAUCAGGAAGGGUGGUCAAUCGCUUUGCAAAGGACAUAUUUACAGUGGAUGAGAUGAUCCCCAUGUCUUUACGUUCCUGGGUCUUGUGUCUGCUGGGUGUGGUCGGCACCCUAUUUGUCAUCUGUCUUACCACACCACUCUUCACUGCAAUUGUUGUGCCUCUUGCAGUGGUCUACUACUUUGUGCAGAGGUUCUAUGUGGCCACGUCUCGGCAACUGAGGCGGCUGGACUCCGUUUCCCGCUCUCCCAUCUACUCCCACUUUGGAGAAACAGUUUUGGGCCUCUCCGUCAUCCGAGCUUAUGGGCAUCAGGAACGCUUCCUGGAGCGCAACAAGAUCACCAUUGAUGACAACCUCAAGAGUGUCUAUCCUUGGAUUGUUUCUAAUAGGUGGCUCGCCAUCCGAUUGGAAUUCCUGGGUAAUCUGGUGGUGUUUUUCUCAGCCUUGUUUGCUGUGUUAUCCCGAGAUACCUUGGACAGUGGAUUAGUUGGACUAUCCAUCUCCUAUGCUUUAAAUGUGACUCAGACUUUGAACUGGUUCGUAAGAAUGACAUCAGAGCUGGAGACCAACAUUGUGGCAGUGGAGAGAGUCAGCGAGUACACAGAGAUUCCAAAUGAGGCUGCAUGGAUCACAGAAAAACGGCCUUCAGCUGACUGGCCAAGCAUGGGUAGGGUGCGCUUUGAGGACUACAAGGUCCGUUACCGACCAGAGUUGGACCUUGUUCUGCAUGGGAUAACCUGUGACAUCGAAAGCAGUGAGAAGAUCGGCAUUGUGGGUCGCACUGGAGCGGGCAAGUCCAGCCUGACCAACUGUCUGUUCCGUAUCAUUGAGGCGGCCGAGGGUCGAAUUCUCAUAGACGGGGUGGACAUUGCUAUCUUGGGCCUCCAUGACCUCAGGAGCAAGACUGACCAUCAUUCCUCAGGACCCGGUGCUGUUUUCUGGGAGUCUGCGAUGAAUUUGGACCCAUUUGAGAAGUUUAGUGAUGAGGAGAUCUGGAAAGUUCUUGAGCUGGCUCACUUGAAGGACUACGUAGGGAGUCUGGCAGCAGGGCUGCAGCACGAGGUCUCAGAGGGAGGGGAGAAUCUCAGCUUGGGUCAGAGGCAGCUGCUCUGUCUGGCCAGAGCUCUGCUGCGCAAGUCAAAGAUUCUGAUCCUGGAUGAGGCCACAGCCGCAGUGGACCUGGAGACUGACGGCCUGAUCCAGGGCACCAUCCGGCGCGAGUUUGCCCACUGCACUGUGCUCACCAUUGCCCACCGUCUUCACACCAUCCUAGACAGCUCACGGGUGAUGGUAUAUGCUGGGAAAAUAGUGGAGUUCGAUUCCCCAAGCAUACUGUUUGAGAAGAGGGGCCACUUCUAUUCCCUGGCAAAGAAGCCGGAAUCUCCUCGAUACCAAUACACAGUAAUUUAAGAACUGCAUAAGUGGCAGCCCAGAGCAUCCGACAAUGAACAAGAAGUGGCAUGCAUGAUUGUGGUUGCCAGUGUUCUCUGCUAUGGUCCCACUAAGCAUAUGCAAGGAGGACAGCACCAUUCCAGGAGACACUGAGUCUAUAAACCACACUGGAUAUGAGCUUCCAUUCAAUUAUUUAACUGGAAAAGUGCAAUACAAGAAAGGGCUUCCCACUGCAGCUUUGUCACUACAUAUUACUCUUAAAUUGCUUUUGUGCACUUCAUCCUGCUCCUGUUGUCAUCUGUCGUCAACUACUGAGGCUGGCAUAUUAAUUCCAUGAUAUUUCAUAUAUGAAGUUGUGUCCUUGGCUUAAUUAUUUUCCAUGACCUUUCCACGUUGUAUCACUUCUUAAUUUUUGGAUAAUCUAUCGCUUAGCUUUUUGGCCAGAACUCAGGCCGUACUAUCAACUAAUCAACACAAAAUUAGUUAAAUCAACUUGUAGCAAUGUGACGAUUGGCCACCUCUUAGCAUCUCUGUUUUAUUAUUUCUCUCUGUCGUAUCUUUUUUUCAUUUACUUCCUUGUUCCGCUCCUUGGUUUCGUUUUCUCCGGCCCUUCUCUGUUCCUUUAUUCCAGUCCGUGUUUUAGUUCUCCCUGUUAUGUUUACCUGCAUCUGAUUUUCUUUGAUUGUCUUGGUUAUUUUAGCCCUGUGUUUUGUCUUCUAGUUUGUUGGUUGUUGUGGUAAGUUAUGUUCUUCUGUCCGGUUUGCCCUCUGCUCUGUUACUGUUGUCCUCAUCAUUGCUUUUCUGUUUACUCUGGUCAUGUGUUAUUUUACACUCAGUGUUACCCCUUUGCCUCUGUUUGUUUUACCCUUUGUGUUCGUGUUUCCUCAAUUAAUAAACCGCCUCCUGCAUUUUGCA